AUAGACUCCAAGCAAGUUACCACUUACCUCGUACAAGUAUAUGACGGUUAAUCUCUGAUAGCUUUAAAAUGCUCAAACCAAACGCUGCGUUUUGAGCAUAAGCGAUUAAAGCGACAAAAGAAGCUAGGGUGACUGCCCGACACUGCCGCGCUAAAUCAACUCCUCCGGUUUCGCCAUUGUUAUACCUUGGUCAUUGUUUAACCAAUUUCUUACUAAUAAUCAAUUCUGGGAUUUAAACAAUUCUAUUGAAGAAAAAAAGGCGGUAGCUUUUGUUGGAAAUGGAGGGGGAAAGGAAGCAAUUAAAGCAAGAAAGACAACCCCUUAAAACCAUUCAUGCCCUUAAUCAUAGUAGUUGGAAACAGAAGUUGAAGGAAAGCUGUUAUAGGAGGGUAAAGGAAGAUAGAAAUCGGCUUCUAUGGAAUUCUAGAUCAGCUAUUCAUCAAUCUUCUGGACAAAAGGAAUACAUUAAAUCAGUAUUCAAGGAUAUUUAUAGGGAUGAAUUUAAAAAGAUAAAAACCCAACGUUCUGGUAAUCCUGAAGUUUCAAGCUGUUUGUCUGGAGAAGAUGAUAUUUUGUGGGAAUAUGAUGGCCAACCCACUGCUGAUGAAGAAGAAUGUGAAGAAAUUUUGCUCGAAAUGCAAAGGAUCUUUUACGAGGAUAUGCGAUUAGAGCUGAGUAAAAAGGAAGCAGAGAAAUCCUUUGUUUUGGAGGAUGAAGAAGAUGAGUACUUGGCUUUUGCAGUUUCUCAGUAUAUGCAGUUGAAUGAUGAGAAGGCAUGGAAGGAGAAAACGUGGUGCCCAAUCUGCAAGAAAGGAGAGUUACAAGAGAAUGACCAUCUUAUAUUUUGUAACUCUUGUCAGCUUAAGCUAAACAGAGGAGAUCAGGUUAAUUUGAGUUUGUUAAGAGAUAGACUAGCAGAAGCUCACGAAGAACACCUCGAUCGAGGCUGCAGAUUAAAACCCGAGUUCUGUAUCGAGACUGUAUUUGAUCUAACCGCGUUGUACAUUAAAUGCCAGCAUUGUAACACAUUUGAGAUUGUAUUAUAAGUCUGAUUCUUUUGCAACUUACAACUGUAAUUUCUUUAUCCAAUAAUAAAAUGGUGAAUCUUAGUGCUUUUAAGUUUUACCUAAUCAAUGUCUCAAAAUGAGAUCUAAGAAUUAACUUUACCUUUGCCUUUGCUCGAUGUCAUGAUGUCAUCCAACAUCCAAGAUUUUCUCUAAAUGCUCACAUGAUUUGAAUCUUUUGACCUUAUCUUUUAAUAUCGGUGGAAUCAUUCAAUUGGAUUAUGAAAUUUUCUAGGGAUUUGGCAUUUA